CAGAUACCCCCCAAACACCCCCUAAAUGUUCCCAAAUCCCACCAAAUCCCUUUGAGAGACCCUUAGACCACCUUUCCUCAGCCCUCCGGGUACCCCAAUUUUACCAGACACCCCAAAAAUCCUCUCCCAGACCUCCGGAAUCAACCCCUCGGAUACCUCUCACCAUGUCGGAGUCGGAGGAGAACGGAGAGGGCCCCCCCAAAGAUCUCCCCGCCUUGGCCGAAGCCAUGGGCCAACCCUUGGGUUGGUCGGCAAGCGAAAACAACUGGGGGGGUCCCUUGGGAGGUGGAACCCCCCCGGGACAGCGGCAGCGGCGACCCCCCCACCCCAAACACAAGGGACAGGGAUCCGGGGGGGUCCACCGCUCCCCCCGCGCCCUCUUCUGCCUUCGCCUCAACAAUCCCAUCCGCCGCGCCGCCAUCAGCAUCGUCGAGUGGAAGCCCUUCGACAUCCUCAUCCUCGCCACCAUCUUCGCCAACUGUGUGGCAUUGGGAGUUUACAUCCCAUUCCCGGAGGAUGAUUCCAACGCUUCCAACCACAACCUGGAACAAGUGGAAUACGUCUUCCUCAUCAUCUUCACGGUGGAGACCUUCUUGAAGAUCAUCGCCUACGGGCUGGUCCUUCACCCCAGCGCCUACAUCCGCAACGGAUGGAACCUCCUCGACUUCGUUAUCGUUAUCGUAGGGCUUUUCAGCGUCAUCUUGGAGCAGGUGUCCCACAAACCCGGCGAAGCUCAUCACAUGAGCGGCAAACCGGGAGGUUUCGACGUCAAAGCCCUUCGCGCUUUCCGCGUUCUUCGGCCUCUUCGUCUCGUUUCCGGCGUUCCCAGUCUUCACAUCGUCCUCAACUCCAUCAUGAAGGCGAUGGUGCCGCUGUUGCACAUCGCUCUCCUCGUCCUCUUCGUCAUCAUCAUCUACGCCAUCAUCGGCCUCGAGCUCUUCAUCGGGCGCAUGCACAAAACCUGCUUCUUCAUCGGAUCCGACCUGGAAUCGGAAGACGACCCCUCUCCAUGUGCCUUUUCCGGCCACGGCCGCGCGUGCCUCCAAAACAACACGGAAUGCCGCGGGCGUUGGGAAGGCCCCAACGGAGGCAUCACCAACUUCGACAACUUUUUCUUCGCCAUGCUCACCGUUUUCCAGUGUAUCACCAUGGAAGGAUGGACCGACGUCCUCUACUGGAUGCAGGACGCGAUGGGCCAUGAGCUGCCGUGGAUUUACUUCGUCAGCCUCGUUAUCUUCGGCUCCUUCUUCGUCCUCAACCUCGUGCUGGGGGUCCUCAGCGGGGAGUUUUCCAAGGAGCGCGAGAAGGCCAAAGCGCGCGGAGACUUCCAGAAGCUGCGGGAGAAGCAGCAGUUGGAGGAGGACCUUCGGGGCUACAUGGAGUGGAUCACACACGCAGAGGACCUCGAGGACCACCACGACGCGCACCGCAUGACGGCCGAAGAGCUGAUGGGCAAACGCAAACCGCGCCUCAAAUGGCUUCGCCACACGAGUCACUCCACCGACACUCACGCCAGCCUUCCCGGCAGCGAAACCACCUCGGUCAACACGGAGACGGUCGGAGACGACGAAACGCAGCCCACGGCCUGCGAGCGAUGCCUCGGCAAAAUCACUAAGACCAAAUUCUGCCGUCGCCUUCGCCGCCUGAACCGCCUUUGGCGUCGGCGUUGUCGCGGAGCGGUGAAAUCCGUCUCCUUCUAUUGGACGGUUCUCCUCUUGGUCUUCCUCAACACUUUAACCAUCGCUUCGGAACAUCACGGACAACCGUUGUGGUUGACCCAAACUCAAGCUUACGCCAACAAGGCCUUAUUGUCCCUCUUUGGCGCUGAGAUGGUGUUGAAGUUGUACGCGUUGGGCCCCACCAUCUACUUCACGAGUUUCUUCAACCGCUUCGACUGCUUCGUGGUCUGCGGUGGAGUUUUGGAGACGGCGUUGGUGGAAAGAGGAGCGAUGGAACCUUUGGGGAUCUCCGUCCUACGAUGCGUUCGACUGCUGAGGGUCUUCAAAGUUACCAGGCAUUGGUCGUCGCUGAGUAACCUCGUGGGCUCUUUGUUGAACUCCAUGAAGUCCAUCGCGUCCCUUCUGCUCCUCCUCUUCCUCUUCAUCAUCAUCUUCGCCCUCCUGGGAAUGCAGCUCUUCGGGGGACGCUUCAGCUUCGAUGAGACCCAAACCAAGAGGAGCACCUUCGAUACCUUCCCUCAAGCGCUCCUCACCGUCUUCCAGAUCCUGACGGGCGAAGACUGGAACGCGGUGAUGUACGAUGGGAUUAUGGCCUACGGGGGUCCCGUUUUCCCGGGAAUGCUCGUUUGCGUCUACUUCGUUAUCCUCUUCAUCUGCGGGAACUACAUUCUCCUCAACGUCUUCUUGGCCAUCGCGGUGGACAAUUUGGCCGACGGCGACAGCAUCGGCGGAGGGGGCGGCAAAACAGAGAAGUCCGAAGAGACAGAAUCCGAACCCGGAAACAGCGAUGUGAGAGUGAAGGUUGAGGGGGAGCAGCCGGAGGAGGAAGAAGAGGAGGAAGAGGAAGAGGAAGAGGAGGAAGAAGAGGAGGAAGGUGCCGAGGAGGGGGGGUCGCGGGGGGGGUCUCGUUCGGAGCCCCCCGAGGAACCGCCCCCCAAAGCCAAAGUGGCCCCAAUCCCCGAGGGCAGCGCCUUCUUCCUCCUCAGCAGCACCAACCCGCUGCGGGUGCGCUGCCACGCCCUCAUCCACCACCACGUUUUCACCAACCUCAUCCUCGUCUUCAUCAUCCUGAGCAGCGUCUCCCUCGCCGCCGAAGACCCCGUCCGCGCCCACUCGCCCCGGAACCACAUUUUGGGUUACUUCGACUACGCCUUCACCUCCAUCUUCACUGUGGAGAUUCUGCUCAAGAUGACGGCGUUUGGAGCGUUCCUGCACAGAGGCUCUUUCUGUCGCAAUUGGUUCAAUCUCCUCGACCUCCUCGUGGUCGGAGUGUCCCUCAUCUCCUUCGGCAUCCACUCCAGCGCCAUUUCCGUGGUGAAGAUCCUGCGAGUGCUGCGAGUGCUGCGCCCCCUGCGGGCCAUCAACCGCGCCAAAGGCCUCAAGCACGUGGUGCAGUGCGUGUUCGUGGCCAUCCGCACUAUCGGCAAUAUCAUGAUCGUCACCACGCUGCUCCAGUUCAUGUUCGCCUGCAUCGGGGUGCAGCUCUUCAAGGGCAAAUUCUACAGCUGCACCGAUGAGGCCAAACACACCCCCGAGGAGUGCAAGGGGACCUUUCUGGUGUAUAAGGACGGGGACGUCUCCCACCCUUCGGUUCGGGAACGUUUGUGGCACAACAGCGACUUCAACUUCGAUAACGUCCUGGCGGGAAUGAUGGCGCUCUUCACCGUCUCCACCUUCGAGGGGUGGCCCGCGUUGCUCUACAAGGCCAUCGACGCCAACGCUGAGGACGAGGGCCCCAUUUACAACUACCGAGUGGAGAUCUCCAUCUUCUUCAUCGUUUACAUCAUCGUCAUCGCCUUCUUCAUGAUGAACAUCUUCGUCGGCUUCGUGAUCAUCACCUUCCGCGCUCAGGGCGAGAGCGAAUACCGCAACUGCGAGCUCGACAAGAACCAGCGCCAGUGUGUGGAAUACGCUCUGAAGGCGCAGCCGCUGCGUCGCUAUAUCCCCAAGAACCGAACGCAACACCGCGUGUGGGCGAUGGUCAACUCCACCGCCUUCGAGUACAUCAUGUUCGUCCUCAUCCUCCUCAACACCAUCGCUCUCGCCGUGCAGCACUACGAGCAGUCGAAGCCGUUCAACUACGUGAUGGAUCUGCUGAACAUGGUGUUCACGGGGCUCUUCACCGUCGAGAUGCUGCUCAAGAUCGUCGCCUUCAAACCCCGGCACUACUUCUGUGACGCGUGGAACACCUUUGACGCCCUCAUCGUGGUGGGCAGCGUCGUCGACAUCGCCGUCACCGAGGUCAACAACGGCGGCCAUGUUGGUGAGAGCUCCGAGGACUCUUCCCGCAUCUCCAUCACCUUCUUCCGCCUUUUCCGGGUCAUGCGCCUGGUCAAGCUCCUCUCCAAGGGGGAGGGCAUCCGCACCCUCCUCUGGACCUUCGUCAAAUCCUUCCAGGCUCUGCCCUAUGUGGCGCUGCUCAUCGCUAUGAUCUUCUUCAUCUACGCUGUCAUUGGGAUGCAGACGUUCGGGAAGGUGGCGCUCCAGGAUGGCACUCAGAUCAACCGCAACAACAACUUCCAAACCUUCCCUCAGGCCGUGCUGCUGCUCUUCCGGUGCGCCACGGGCGAGGCCUGGCAGGAGAUCAUGCUGGCGAGUCUUCCCGGGAAGCGCUGCGAUCCGGAGGCGGAUGCGGAACCGGGAGAGGAAUUCACCUGCGGCAGCAAUUUCGCCAUCGUUUACUUCAUCAGUUUCUUCAUGCUCUGCGCCUUCCUGAUCAUUAAUCUGUUUGUGGCGGUGAUCAUGGAUAACUUUGAUUAUCUGACGCGGGAUUGGUCCAUCCUCGGCCCCCACCACCUGGAUGAGUUCAAGCGCGUCUGGUCCGAGUACGACCCCGGAGCCAGGGGUCGCAUCAAACACCUCGACGUGGUGACGCUCCUCCGGAGGAUCCAACCGCCCCUCGGAUUCGGGAAGCUCUGCCCGCACCGCGUCGCCUGCAAGCGUUUGGUGGCCAUGAAUAUGCCGCUCAAUUCCGACGGGACCGUCACCUUCAACGCCACUCUCUUCGCUCUCGUCCGCACGUCCCUCAAGAUCAAGACGGAAGGAAACCUGGACGUGGCCAACAAGGAGCUCCGGGCCGUUGUGAAGAAGAUCUGGAAGCGAACGAAGCCCAAACUGCUCGACGAGGUCAUCCCUCCGCCCGAGGAGGAGGAGGUGACGGUGGGGAAAUUCUACGCCACUUUUUUGAUCCAAGAUUAUUUCCGCAAAUUCCGCCGGCGUAAGGAACGAGGGAUGUUGGGGCCAAACGCCGGGCCAAGCAACGAGAACGCCCUCCAAGCGGGGCUGCAGACGCUGCAGGCGUUGGGCCCCGAGAUGCGUCGGGCGCUGAGCUGCGACCUCGAAGGCGCCGACGAGGGGACGGCGGAAGAACGGCAGCACCAGGAGGUCACCUACGAGCCCCCACAGCCCCUGUACGGCUCCGCUCCGAUUGACCCCCCCGAAAGCCACCCGGGACCCCCCGAGAGCGGAGAGGCACACAGGCGCAGCGCCGAGGGGGGGUCCCCGCCGGUUCCUGCCCCCCCCGAGGAAACGGAGGAACCCAACGGAGCCGUCGGCCACGAAGAGGAGAGCGACAUCCCAGCGCCCCAACGCUACUGGGACCAGCCGCCGGGACCCCCCCGUUGGGGGGCAGAGGUGCCGCGGGGGGGGUCUCUGCCGUUACCCCCCCGACAUUUCGCCCGAGAGGGACAACAGCUGAAACGGCGCCGUUUGCUGCCCCCAACGCCCGCCGGCCGGAAGCCGUCGUUCACCAUCCAAUGUCUGCGGCGCCAGAGCAGCUGCGAGGACGAACCCAUCCCGGGCACCUACACCCCAUCGGGUCCCCCCGGUCCCGCGCGGCCCCAGGGCUACGGCAGCUCCGAGACGUGGCGUUUGGGGGGCUCAUCGCAAGCCUGGGCCACGGCCCCCACGCGCGGCCACGUCCUCUACGCCCCUCUUAUCUUGGUAGAAGGCGGAACGCGACCCACGGGGGGGUCAGGGAGUCUCCCCCCAUUCUCCCGUUGGGUUUUAGGGGGGGAAAGAGGAGCCCCAACAUCUCUCCGCCUGCGGGCGUGCGGCCCAAGGGAUGCGUUGGCCCGCGGCUCGGCCGACAGCCUCGUGGAAGCCGUUCUCAUCUCGGAGGGUUUGGGGUUGUUUGCCCGCGACCCAAAGUUCGUGGCGGUGGCCAAGCGGGAAAUCGCCGACGCUUGCGAUAUGACGAUGGAUGAGAUGGAAAGCGCCGCUACGGAUCUCCUCACCCGACGUCGCCCCACGCCGCCCGCGGUACCGGUACACAGUGCCGCCGCCGCCACCGCCGCCGUCUACAGCGACGAAGAGCCGUUGCGGCCGCCGGCUGAGGAUGAACUGGCUGACGAGAUGGCGUGUGUCGGGGGGAUUUAGGACCCAGCGUCGCCCUAAUUGAAGGGGGGGCACUAGGACCCAGCAUGGCUCCAUUGGGGUGGGGGCACUAGGACCCAGUGCUGCCCCAUUGGGUGGGGGGACACUAGGACCCAACAUGACCCCAUUGAGGUGGGGGGCACUAGGACCCAGCAUUGGCCAAUUGAGGGA